GGCACCUUUGCUCCCCAUUUAUAUUAUCCACUCUGCUGAAACUUGAAACCCUAGGUUAAGACUUUAGACUCAAGAUUCAAUUCCAAAUGAUAAAUAGGAAUUGGAUUUAGGGGUUGAACCCUAAUCUUCUGUGUUGAAAAAGUGCAGGAUCUGUAACCACCACCAUGGUCAAACCAAUUUGGUACACCUUGUUACUCCUCUUUCUCUCGGCAACAACAGCUCAACCAGUACCACCUGUAGAUGCUGAAGCAUCUAUCUCUCGCUUUCAGAACUACCUCAGAAUAAAGACUGCACACCCACAUCCAGACUACUCCACCGCCGUUUCCUUCCUCGAUUCCUUGGCCAAAUCCAUCCCCAACCUCCACACUCGAACCUUGUACCCAGCCACCCCAGACAAGCCUCUCCUCCUCGUCACUUUCCCUGGCUCAAACCCAUCACUCCAAUCCAUCCUUCUCAACUCCCAUAUUGAUUCAGUCCCUGCUGAACCCUCCAAAUGGUCUCAUCCACCCUUCUCUGCAGUCAGAACUGAUGAUGGCAACAUCUUUGCUCGAGGAGCCCAGGAUGACAAGUGCAUCGCCAUCCAGUACCUAGAAGCCAUUAGAAACAUCAUUCUAACAGACCCUCACUUCACACCUAUACGAACAGUUCAUAUAUCUUAUGUGCCUGAUGAGGAAAUUGGUGGUUUGCAUGGGAUGGCCAAGUUUGUUGAAUCAAAGGAGUUCAAACAGCUGAAUGUUGGCUUCUUUCUAGACGAGGGGCAGGCUUCGACUACUGAUCAGUAUCGGGUUUUUUAUGCAGAUAGAUCUCCUUGGAAUCUUGUUAUUAAGGCUGUUGGUAUGCCGGGACAUGGUUCAAGGAUGUUUGAUAAUAGUGCCAUGGAGAAUUUAAUGAAGAGUGUUGAGGUUGUGUCCAAGUUUAGAGAAAAUCAGUUUGACUUGGUUAAGGCUGGGGUGUUGGCAAACUCGGAGGUUAUUUCGGCUAACCUGGUUUAUUUGAAAGCAGGAAUUCCUUCCGGGGAUGGUAACUUUGCAAUGAAUAUGCAACCGUCUGAGGCGGAAGCAGGUUAUGAUGUUCGGUUGCCACCAACUGUUGAUCCGGAUCUGUUGAAGAAGCGAAUUGGUGAAGAAUGGGCACCUGCAACAAGGAACAUGAGUUAUGAUAUUGUUGAGAAGGGACCCUUGAGGGAUUAUAUGGGGAGGCCUUUGAUGACUGCUACAAAUGAUUCAAAUCCAUGGUGGAGUGUUUUCAAAGAUGCUAUUAAAGCCUGCGGUGGGGAACUUUCCAAGCCUGAGAUAUUGUCUUCUACAACAGAUGCUAGAUAUUUGAGACAACUUGGGAUCCCCACAUUUGGUUUUUCUCCUAUGAAGAACACCCCAAUUUUACUCCACGAUCAUAACGAGUAUUUGAAGGAUUCAACUUUUUUGGAGGGAAUUAAGAUAUAUGAAUCCAUCAUCAAGUCACUGAGUUCCUUUGAGUAAGUGUCAUAUUGGCAGUAAUGUUUGAAUUCCAUCUCUCAUUUUAUAACUUUGUUUGAAUAACAUGCUACUCUUUUGUUUAUAUUUCAAGUAAGUGAAAGCAUUGAAUGUUACUGAUUAAAAUGGAGACCAGUGUUGGCUGUUGUUGUUCAA